CUGCAAAGAGGUACUGUAAGAUUAAACUCUAACCAAACACGUUAUUCAGCUUAGUCUCUCCUUUGAGAUUUGCUGCUCUCCUGAGUGUUGGCAGAGCCAUCAUUGGCGGGUAUCAAAUUAGUAACCCGAGACCUUAUGCAAUGGUAUUCCAGGCCAUAUACCUUUGAGCUUGUGUUUUAACUGCAAGGUUUAGUUGGAGGUGUACCUUAACAGCGGAACAAAUGUCUCUUUUUGAGGAUUUUGUUGUCUACCUCUGCUCUAGUCCCACCGCUUUGUUAGGGGUUGUUGCUCUCCUGCUCGUCCUCCAUCUUGUUUCCAACAGUUUCACCUCCCAGGCAUUCGGAAAGGUGCCUCCAGGUCCGAGGCAUCUUCCCCUGCUUGGCAACCUGUUGCAGCUCGAUCUCAAGAGACCAUACAUUACCCUGUGUGAGCUUUCGAAGAAACAUGGGUCUGUGUUUACCGUCUACUUGGGAACCAAUAAAGUGGUGGUCCUGGCUGGAUACAAGGCAGUCAAAGAGGCUCUGGUCAGCUACGCAGAAGAGUUUGGAGACAGAGACGUCGCCCCUAUUUUUUAUGAUUUGAAUCAAGGUCAUGGAAUUCUGUUUGCAAAUGGAGAAUCAUGGAAAGAGAUGCGGCGUUUCGCCCUCACCACCCUCAGAGACUUUGGGAUGGGCAAAAGACUCUCUGAGCAUAAAAUCUUGGAGGAAUGCCACCAUCUGAUCCAAGAGUUUGAAAAGCACAAAGGGAAACCAUUUGAUACAGCAUGCCCGGUAAAUUACGCAACAUCCAAUAUCAUCUCCGCUAUUGUGUACGGCAGCAGGUUUGAGUACAAUGACCCCCGAUUCAAAAACCUGGUGAGAAGAGCCAACGAAAACAUAUGCAUUGUGGGCUCUGCGUCAAUCCAGCUUUACAACAUGUUUCCCAGGCUGGUCAGUUGGAUAAAAAACCGGCAGAUUUUAUUAAAAAAUGUUGCGGUGACUGUCAGAGAUGUCAAAGAAUUAAUGAUGCAUCUGAAAGAGACACUGAACCCUCACUUCUGCAGGGGGCUUGUGGACUGUUUUCUGAUCCGGAAGCAGAAGGAGGAGGUAAGACAACGUUUUUUUUGAAGUUUUCAUCCAUCAAAAAGAGCUGAUGUUAUGCUUAUUUGAUGAUAUAUGGGCGUUCUUUCUCUUAGGACUCUUGUGUUAAGGACACUCACUACAAUGAGAAGAACUUGAUAUUCACAGUGACCAACCUGUUUUCAGCUGGU